GCUUUUUUCCACAAGCUUUAUCAAAGGCCCAGCACGAGAAACAGGUCCAUCCACGUUAGAAUGGGCUUAUAUAAAUUCAAGUAUAAAUACAACAAUACAGACAGCAGCAAUUCAUCAUUCACAACACUGGUGCACUCUCGUCUUCGCCUAAUCAACCCCUUGAUUGAUAUUGUUGAGGUUUCAGAAGGAAUGGAUAGAUCCAUACCCAACAGAAACAGAAAAAGAAAUGAGACAGUUAAAGUUCCUUCCUUGGAGGAUAUGUGUUUCCGAAAAGUUAUUGAUAAUGUUAAACACAUCGGAAAUGUUGCGGGAAUACCGGACUAGUUUCUGGAACGGAUUUUACCUCACUGCAACGCUGAGGAGUUGAAGAACAUCGAGGAGAGGAACAAGGGAAUAGACCUUAGCCACUUGACUAACUAUCUCUGGCAAAAUUUCUAUCAGAAGAGAUUUGGUCAGAGGAGUUUCAAGUCAGUGGUUGAGAAAAUCAGUAGUAAAAAUGUAUCCUUCAGAUGGAAAGACUUGUACGAGGCAAAGCUAAAGAACGUGGAAGAGGCUGAACAAAAAUCAAUUGAGCGAAUGAGGCAACUGUAUCAAAACGAAGAUGCUCAAAAAAAGAGCAGACAAGUUAAGCCGUGUACAAAAGUGCCACCUUCAAGCCACAAAAGAAAUUGUUAUGGAGGUUGGGGACCUGGCAGAAUUGUUGGCAGCUCAAAAGGCAGCUUGAUGAAGAAGUCCAGAGAUGAUUUUGUCAACAGUCAAGAAGUAAGAAACUUGACAGCUUUGAGGCAAAACGCGGUGCAAAAGAAUGACAGGCCCUUGUGUAUACGGGAGCCUGGAGGCUUUUCUUCUAAUGGUUCUUCUUCAAAUUCCCAAGGAAGCAGAGCGUUACAAAGAAGAUAAAAGCGGCAGUCUAUAGAAUUUCAGUUUCUCCUUGGUCUGUGUUUAUGAUAUGUAGUACUAUAUUUUUAAAUGCAAUGGCUUCAUGAUAUGCUGUAAUCCAGCUGUUUAAAGCCGGUAUUAAGUUGUAAUAUAGCUCAUCCUGCUCAUUAUAUGCUCUCAAGGGAAAUUUUAGGCUUUUUUAGGAUUUUUCUAGACAUAGCAAUACAAUAGUGUUACAGAUACAAAAAUGUUGAAAUUUUUUUAUGCAUCCCCAUUUCCGAAUA